GACGAGCCCAGGUUUAUCUAUAGCGCCUCAGUAACGAGCAGAAAGUUUGAGAAAUAGUAAAAUGAAACACCGACCGGAAAGGGCUAAAUACCGAGUUGAAAGAAUGCUUUAACGAGAUAAAGAACUUGUUUUCUGCUCACCAUUCUAUUCCUUUACACAUCCUUUGUACUACAGUUUCUCUACAUUACACACUUCCUUAGGUACACCACAAUCCCUCACCAACCAUUACUACGAAAAACAAACGUUCAAUAAUAAACAGCUCUAGGUAGAUCGUUAGGGAGAGAUUGAACGCAAUGACAACUGUCGUUAAAAAAUCAAAAGAUCGAGGUGAAGCAAUUCAUAACACCUCGAUGUUGACAAGUCAAAUGACUCAUCCUGGUCUCGGUGAUGGUUUAUUAGAACAUGUACGAAAAAAAUUAGCACAGGUGAAAUUGGAUCACCCGUCAAAAAGUGUUUCUUUAGCUACACAAACUGGACCAACCGAAACAGAAGUUACCGUAGGCAGAAAAACUCAAGUUAUUAAGCAAGUAACAUCAGAUAAGGAAAUUACGACAAUUGAGGACACAGUAACCGAGUCUAUUACUGUUAAGUCCCGGAAACCACUAAAAGCCGUUUAUGAAGAACAUUUGACAAAAGAAGCUUACUUGGAAGGACUGAAGAAAGGAACUUUAUUGAAAGGUACUCUCAGAAUUUUAGACAGCUUCCACAGUGCUUUUGUCACCGUUGAAGGCUAUGCUGAUGACUUCUAUAUCGAUGGAAUGAUUGCUCGUAAUAGAGCUUUGGACAAUGACACCGUAAUUAUUGAGACCUUAAAAGACCGUGCUCCGGCUUCCGAAUCUGUCACUGUUCAAGGAAGCAGCUCUUCUGAGGAUGACCUUACAGCUGAUCCAGCAUUACCUACUUCAGUUGCAUCCUCCAAUCCCAACGCAAAAGUUGUGGCUAUCGCUGAACGGUGGCCCAGAGAUUCAGUAGUUGGCAUUCUUCAUCCUCCCGGAUGGUCACCCAACACUGGAAGUCCAAGAAACUCAAAGUCAAAUUACUGUAUUUUCCAACCUCAAAGCAAGCGUAUGCCGUUUCAUCUUAUCCACAAAAAUGACUUAGGCGAACUCUCGGGAUCGAAUUGGCGGGAACAGAUCACACAAAAUGAAGGGGUUAUCUUCAGCGUGAAGAGAAAGACUUGGUCUGCUACAUCUCGUUAUCCCUUGGCAAAAGUUGACAAACGUAUUGGCCAUCUCUCUAACAUCGAGGCAAGCACUCAAGCUAUCCUGCUGGAACGCAUGGUGAACUCCCGUGAGUUUCCCGACGAAGUUUUAGAUUGUCUUCCAUCAGACAACUGGUGCAUUACUGAUGAGGAGCGGGCGAAACGUCGAAGCUUUCUUGAUCAAAUUGUGCUCACAAUUGAUCCAGAAACGGCUCGUGAUCUCGAUGAUGCUGUCUCUUGCAUAGACAAUGGUGACGGAACUUACAGAAUUAGCGUUCACAUUGCAGAUGUGUCGCAUUUCGUUAAACCUGAAACUGCUUUAGAUAAUGAAGCUCGCUCCCGCGCAACAACUGUCUAUCUUGUUCAGCGCGCAAUUCCGAUGCUUCCAACUUUACUAUGUGAACGUUUAUGCUCAUUAAAUCCCUCAGUGGAAAGGUUGGCCUUUAGUGUUGAAUGGCUCGUGGAUCGCAACGGCCGUGAGCUUGGACCCCGUUGGUUUGGAAAAAGUCUGAUUAAGACUUGUUGCCGUUUAACUUACACGGAAGCACAAAAUAUACUCGAAGGAAAGUCCUGGGAAGAAGGUGUUGGAAAACCAAUUUCUGACGGAUUUAAAGCCACGGAUGUUGAGGUUUCUAUUCGGAACCUGAAUAUAAUUGCCAAGGCUUUGCGAAAGGCACGUUUUGACAAUGGUGCUGUUAGUGUGAAUACAAGCGAACUGAAAUUUCGUUUGGAUGAACAAGGAUUGCCUCAGAAAUGUGAAGUCUAUGAACACAAAGAUGCCAACCGUCUGAUUGAAGAGUUCAUGCUUUUUGCUAAUCGUUCUGUCGCCGAAAAAAUUAGCAACCAUUUCCCUCAUGUUGCCUUGUUACGUCGUCAUGCUCCCCCCAAAGAAAAGCAACUUGGCGAAUUCAUUCGCUUCCUUGCCCAUCUUGGUUUUGAUUUCGAUGGUUCUACGUCUGCCAGGUUUAAUGAUUCCUUACAGCGUCUACGUGAAAAGUUUCCUUCUGACAUUACCGAAUUAAUUGAAAACAUGGCUGCUCGUUCGUUGCAGCGUGCCGAGUAUUUCUGUACAGGAAGUACGGACUCCGUCUCUGAAUGGCUACAUUAUGCUUUAGCUUUCUCUCAUUACACUCAUUUUACGUCUCCUAUUCGCCGUUACCCCGAUAUCAUUGUUCACCGAUUGUUAGAAUGUGCCGUUCAAGAUUGUGAUUCCUCGCUAAAAACAAAGCAGUGCAAUGAAAUUGCGACGCAUUGUAAUACGAAAAAAGAAAAUGCUCGUUUGGCACAGGAGGACAGCAAUUUUGUUUUCCUUUCUGUGUACCUUAACAAGUAUAGUGAGGAGCAUAAGGUUCCAGCAAUGCCUGUUCGUGUAUUUGUUACUCGUAUAUUGGACCAUUCUAUCGAUGUUCACAUUCCCGUAUUUGCUCUUACUCGUCGCAUCAGCUUCCUGGACGAGCCAUCUCUUGAGAGCUUUGAGGUUGAUGAUUCCGAAGAACAUGUUCAACUGACUUUCAAGAAUGGAACAUCCACAAAACUCUCGAUGUUCAAUGACUUCACUGCUUACUUAGCAGCCGACUUCACAAAGACAUUCUGCAAUAUAAAAUGCAGUCUGCAUCAACCUGUUACCGAACUCCCUGAUAACCAAAAGUCUGUUACGGACACCACCGAGUAAUGAAUGAUAACAUGUAUUCUCAAUAUUAACUUCAACGACAUAUCUUGAAACCCUAAUACACUUGAACUUAAACUAUACCUGUUUUAUCUUCGCUUAUUUUUCAU